AUGAAUCGUAAGACCAGUGUAAUUUGGGAUUAUUUUACAGUGAUUGAAAGUGAUAAAGCUAAGUGUGGAUUUUGUAAAACAGUGCUUAAAUUUAAUCAAUCUUUGACAACUAAUUUAUUAAGACAUAUAAAAUCUAAACAUCCAACAACUGAUUUGUCCAAACGUUCAAGACCUAAUUUUUAUGUGGAAGAAAAUAAUCCAGAUGAUCCUUCUAGUAACAAURGCAAUCUAUCAGCAUCAACAUCUUCCAAUACUGGUAUCGUAUCAACUUCAACAUCUAAUAGAGAUAGAUCUCCUCUUCUUCAUYAGCCGUCAUCAUCAAGUCGUCCACACCAAUAUAAAAUUUCUAAUUAUUUCAGUAAACCAGUAACUGCAUCAAAAAGGCAAUUARUUGACCAACAGGUAAUUAAAAUGAUAGUCAAMGAAUAUUACCCCUUUAGUAUCGUUGAGGAUGUUGAAUUUAUUAAGCUGGUAAAUAUGUUGAACCCUGGUUACUCCCUUCCCUCUAGGAAAACCCUUUCAACAUCAUUAUUGCCUGUUCUUUAUAAUCAAAUAUAUAAAAAAGUUCAAUUAGAUAUUGAAGUUAAUGCACRGUAUGUUGCCUUAACUACAGAUGCGUGGACAUCACUUAAAAAUGAGAGUUAUACGGCAAUUACUGUACACUUUAUAGAUCAGAACUAA